AUGCCUCCCGUCGAGCCCCAGCAGUAUGACUAUAUCGUUCUCGGAGGCGGUAGUGGUGGUAGCGGCAGUGGACGCAGAGCGGCCGGUUGUUGUGUCCCGAAGAAGAUGACCUGGAACUUUGCAACUGUCAACGAGACGCUUCAUAUUGCCGAGCACUACGGAUAUACCAUUCCUAAGGAUGUCAAGAUCAACUACCGUCAUUUCAAGGAGCUCCGGGACGCCACAGUCAAGCGGUUGAAUGGUGCUUAUGAACGGAACUGGGGGCGCGAGGGGAUCGAUCUCGUACACGGAAGAGCCCGCUUCGUUGAGCCUAAGGUCAUUGAGGUUACCAACAAUGAUGGCACCAAGCACGCUGAGCACGGAAUUACCAGCGAUGGAUUUUUCGAGAUCGAGGAACUGCCCCCUAAGAUCGCUGUUGUCGGUGCCGGAUACAUUGCUGUCGAGCUGGCGGGUGUUUUGGGAGCCGUUGGCGUUGACACCCACAUGUUCAUCCGUGGCGAGACCUUCCUUCGCAAGUUCGACCCGAUGAUCCAGAAGACCAUGACUGAGCGGUACGAGGCUGCGGGCAUCACUAUCCACAAGGGCCACCCGGGCCUCAAGGAGGUGCAGCUUGUGCGGGACGGAAAGGGGAAGGACAAGCUUCUCAAGCUGAUCUCAAACGAUGGCUCGGAGAUGGAGGUCAAUGAGCUGCUGUGGGCUAUCGGCCGUGCGCCCGAGGUUGAGGACCUGCAACUCGACAUCCCAGGCGUCAAGUUGAACGACGCUGGAUUUGUUCACGUCGAUGAGUACCAGAACUCGAGCGUUGAUGGUAUCUACGCUCUGGGUGACGUGACUGGACACGCCGAGCUGACUCCUGUUGCCAUUGCCGCUGGUCGCCAACUUGGCAACCGUCUGUUCGGACCACCCGAGCUCAAGGACUCCAAGAUUUCUUAUGACAAUAUUCCAACCGUUGUAUUUUCCCACCCCGAAGUCGGUACCGUCGGUCUCACUGAGCCCGAGGCUCGUAAACGCUACGGUGACGACCAGAUCAAGAUCUACUACACCAAGUUCACCGCGAUGUACUACGACGUUGUGCCGGCAGAGGAGAAGAAGAAGAACCCGACUGAGUUCAAGCUUAUCUGCGCUGGGCCGGAAGAGAAGGUGGUCGGUCUGCACAUUCUCGGACUCGGCGUUGGAGAGAUGCUGCAAGGAUUCGGUGUGGCCGUCAAGAUGGGCGCCACUAAGCGCGAUUUCGACAGCUGCGUUGCGAUCCACCCUACCAGUGCCGAGGAGCUGGUGACUCUGCGGUAG